AUGGACUCGCAUACCGCCGCCGCAUCCACUGCUUUCGUCCCUCUCUUCGACACGCUCCCCUCGUCCCGCACCUCUGCCGCCUCCAUCUGGGCGCCCCAGCCUCAGCCGUCGGACACCGCUUGGGACACCUUCAGACGAGGCAACUUCGGGAACCAUCCCCCACCACCGCCUCCUCCGGGACGCCUUCGUCCGGCGCCCUUCCGGUCGUCCUCUUUUCCCGUACACCACGCCGGUGAAGAUGUCUUCGGACCCCUCGGCUUCGAGUUGUUUGGUCGCCAGGACGUCGGGGCCAUAGGCGACGGCCGCAAAAGGCUCUCGCCCAACUUCGACGACUCUGAGCUGCACGUCGAGCAGCUUCUCCGCUCUCUCAACUUGAACUCCCCGGGCCCUCUGCCUCCCAUGCCGAAGAUGCGAAGCGACGUUCCGCGUUCGCCUACGUCUCCCGAUCUAUCUCCUAUCUCUACCACCUCUGCUCUUCUCACCCCAACCGACCUCUCUCCUGCCAAAGCUUUCGACCAAAAGCUCCCGCCCAACUUCGACUUCAACGCCCCAGUUCGGUCCGGCGACAACAACUCCUUGAUGUUCGAGACCGGAUUCCGCGAUGGCCCUCCCCUCUCUCAGGCUCAUUUCUGGCCACAGUCUCAAGCUGUCAGCCCCGACACCGGCUACUUCCCUUCCUUUGAGCCGUUUCCCGAGAGCGCCUCGACGACUUCUCCUCGUGCUGCGAGCUCGUUUCCUCAGGCCGACCGCCGCCGCUUGGACACCAAUGGCCUCCCGACCACGCUUCCUCCUCUGUCUUGGGGCGGCCAGCGCUUCCGGACCUCGUCGGAGUGGGUGAAGGCGGACGACAUCGGAGAGCGUUCUAUUCAACUUAAUGCGAGCGAAAAUAUCCUCCGUUCUGCGACUCAACAGAUGCCGAGCCCUCCGCGUUCUACGACCUCUCAGCCUAUCAACUUCCUGUCGCUGCUACAUCCUUCUUCGUCGCCGCCAUACGACCUCUUUGUGGCUCGCAUCAUCAAGUCCUCCGACCAGCAGGCUUCUAUCUUUCUUCAACAGAAGCUCAAAGUGGCCGAUGCAGAAGAGCGCACGAAGAUCGUGGACGCUAUUUGCGCGAAGGGCUUCGAGAUGAUGGCUCAUAGGUUCGGGAACUGGGCCGUGCAGAGAUGUCUCGAGGCCACCUCAAGUGUCGAUGAGCGCCGCAAGAUUGUUUCUUGCAUGCGCACCCGUGUUGUUGAACUUGCCACCAACUGCUACGGGUGUCACGUCCUCCAGAAGGCCCUCGAUUGCGAAGAGGAAGUUCGUCUCUUGAUCGUGCGCGAGCUUCUGCUCGGCGAUCCGGCUCAGACGUUGGUGAACAAGCAUGCGUCUCACGUCUGGAGCAAGAUCAUGGAGCUCAGCUGGACGCCUCCCGCGCCGCCGAUUUUUGCCUUCGUCAAUAAAUCGCUCAAGGGCAAGUGGGCGUCCUUGGCGUGCCAUGAGACUGGCUCGCUCGUCGUUCAGCACGCUUUCGAGAACCUCGAGGAGUCUGCCAAGGACGGCAUCGUCGACGAGCUAUUGAAGCAAGGGCCCCUUGUGUUCGGAGAGGUCGCCAAAAACCAGUGGGGCUCUUACUGUAUUCAACACAUUCUUGAGCACGGUUCUCAACGCCAUCGUUACCUUGCCUUGGAGCAUCUCCUUGGCGGCUUGCUUGAAUACGCCACGAACGAGCAAGGUAUCAAGUCCAUCACAAAGGCUCUUAAGGAGGGAGGGAAGGAGACGCUUGACAGGAUCAUCAAGAGAAUGUGUGAACCUGCUAAGACAGCCAUGAUUGUCGAUCUCGCGCUCUCCGUGACGGGAAGCCAGCUCAUUGCAAGCGUUCUACCCAACGCCGACAAAGACCAACGUGCGCUCCUGUACGAGUCUAUUCGAGGACACAUCGUGACUCUGCGAGGCUGCAAGACUGGCUCCAAAGUAAUCUGGCUCUUCGACCGCAUGCGCGCAUACUACGGAUAUUAG